AAUUUGCAGAGAAGAGUUGGAGAGAAGUCAUUUCUCAUUUUCUGCUGGACAAUUCGACAAACACCUCUUGAACACCGUCUUUCCCCCCCACCCCUACUUCCAAUUUCCAAACCUGUACAUACACAGUGGUGUGUGCAGAUGCAUGGAAGGGGGAGGAGAGAGAAAGAGGAAAUUGGACAUCGAUUGGAACGCUCUACUACCGCCUGGCGACAAGGACGAUGACGAGCUGCUUCCUUCCGUGGAGGUGAUUAAGGAGGCGGCGGCGGAGAAAUCGGAAUCUGGGGAGGAGGUGGUGAUGGAGGAAUCGCCAAAGGACCCCUCUCUCGGGCUCCUCGAUGACAAGGCACUGAUGGAAAAAUUUAAUAGGGUAAAACGGAAUUUGGCUUCAAUGAAAUUGUGCGAUGGCGGCAAAAAAUUGCGGCUUAACUUGAAGACUAUAGAAGCGGAGGUGGAGCGGAGAAAGUCUCGGAAGGUUGAUGACAAUUUCAAGAAGGCGAUUCCAGUGGAUGACGAUUCUACUGCUACUGGUGCAACUGAUAGCGUAUCAUCUCGUGGAGCUCAACCGUCUAUGCCUCCUUCGCAAUCUCCUUUUGCUUUUCACCUUUGCAGCAAGUUGGAUGUUCAUGUAUGAGUUUGCCCUUAAUUAUAUGCUUGAUAGUCCUGAAGGAGAUAACAUGGUGCUCACAUCCUUAUUAUUUGUUUUAUCAAACAGAAGUCCAGCAAACCCUUUGAAAAAGAAUUAUCUACUUUAAAUUGCUCCAAUCACAGAAAUAUGAGAGAGAACAGACCAUUUUCGAGUCACGGAACACACAGGAUAGGCUUAUCUUCAAGAACAACACCUUUUAGAUCUCCAAGUCCAAGGCACCUUUCAGUAAACGUUGAUGACCCCCCUCAAUCAAAUGGUGAGCUAUCAGGAAGACACUCUUCUGCUCCCUCACCUCAACAAUCUGCUAAAGAUUUACCAAGCUAUUUCACAAAAAAGGAAAUUGCUCAUUCUCAACCUACGCGUAACUCCAGAAGGAACAAUCAAAAAACUGUUGUUCUAGUGGAUGAGGAGGAACUUGAGGUUGAUGAAAUAAGUCAUGCAGACCAAGUGGGUCGAAGCAAUAAAGAGGCACGGAUAUACUAUCCUUCGAGGGAUGAUCCUGAAGCUUUUGAAAUUUGUUACUCGGACAUGGAAUGUCUGGCUCCUGAGACUUAUUUGUCAUCACCCAUCAUGAACUUUUACAUUCGGUAUCUGCAGAAGCCCACAUCUCCAAUGGGCAGAAAGAGAUGUGAUUAUCAUUUUUUCAAUACAUACUUCUAUAAGAAGUUGAAACGAGAUGUCCUGACCAAGAUUGAUAAGGAAACUUCAUUUAAGAAGUUCAGAAGGUGGUGGAAAGGUGUUAAUAUAUUUGAGAAGGCAUAUAUCUUUUUACCGAUUCAUGAAAGUCACCACUGGAGCUUGGUUAUAAUUUGUAUACCUAAUAAAGAAGAUGAAUCAGGGCCAAUUAUACUUCAUUUGGAUUCUUUAGGAAUGCAUAUCAGCAAGUCAAUUUUCAGUGAUGUGAGGAGCUUUAUAAUAGAAGAGUGGAAUUUUCUAAAACGAGAAGAAGUGCUGCCUGAACUUCCCAUCGCAGACAAUAUCUGGAACAAGCUAUCUCGAAGAAUUGAUGAGAAAAUAGUUCAGGUGCCUCAACAAAGUAAUGAAUACGACUGUGGUCUUUUUGUUCUUUUCUUUAUGGAACGUUUCAUUGACGAGGCCCCUGAAAGACUGAAGAAAGAGGACAUAGGAAUGUUUGGCAAGCAAUGGUUCAGACCACAGGAGGCUUCCAGUUUGAGAAAAAAAAUUAGCUCUUUACUAAGAGACGAGUUCAAGAAAGCAGACGAAGGCAUAUGUGAAUUGGACCCCUAACCCCUGCUGUAAAUGGCGACACUCGGUAACAGAUUGCUGUAAAUUGGUUCAGACAUCGCUAUGGAACUGCUAAUCCACUAAUCCUGUAAGAGUUGGGUACUCUUUAGUCGUCAAAUAUCAUUUUUUUGUCAAGAAGCUUUGCAGACUCGGUGGUGCAUCUGAGUUGAAGAUUUUGAAACAACAUUCUGCCCACAGCGUCAACAUUUUUACAUGUCCCGUAAUUAUGAAGCUUCAAAGUAAAUAUGUCAACUACAUGACUUAAUCAUCUAAUCAGUGUUAACAGUUGUUUAGAGGGAAGCGAAUUUUGGUGUAUAUUCGAGGUCAUCAAGCACUCUGUAGAGAUCGGCAGUGUUCGUUUUUCGGUAAUAGGCUUUAUUGGAACACUGAAGAUGGAGGGAGACUAGUAGGUGGUUAGUUGAAUAGGAAGUGAGGUUUCAAAGUUCCCGCCUUAUUGAUCUACAAUGUCAACCCCUAAUGUAAAUGGAUUUAAUUUUUUGUUCAUGUUAAUUUUUCUUGUUGGGUUAA